CAGUUGCAGAUUUUACUUCAAACGUAACGGUUGCAAAAAUUUAUCAAAAUCAUACGUGUUUUGUGUGCGAGGAAAAUUGUUAACUCUUUUUUUUUCUUACUUUCUUCAAAACUCAAAAAAAAAAAAAAAUAAAAUAAAAUCAAAUAAAUAAAAGAAAGAGCAUAAAAGAUAACAACAACAACGCAAAAGCUUAAAAACAAGUCUGGCAAGGAAUAACUGACGAAAGCUAAAAAUCCAAAGACAACUAAGUUAAAGGAUUGACUUUGUGUGGAUUAUAAAAAAAGUUUCUUCUUAAAAUUUAAAUUAUAUACAUAUAUAUAUAUAUAUAUCUAUAUAGAAAUCUCUUGCCGUUUUCAAGAUGAUGCUUGUUCAGCCAACACCUCAGCAGCGUGUCACCAUACGUGAGGAGUUACGUGAACCUGAAAAUCCUGAAGAUAUUGAACGUGAUAUCAAAUUGAUACGUGAAUGGCUUGACACUCAGCCGCAUUUGCCCAAAGAUAUGGAUGAUACACGCUUGGCGACUUUUUUGCGCGGCUGCAAAUUCAGUUUAGAAAAAGUGAAAAAGAAACUCGACAUGUACUAUACGAUGCGCAAUGCAAUUCCAGAGUUUUUCUCCAAUCGUGAUAUCACUCGUGAGGAGUUAUCUAUAGUAUUGGAUUAUGUCCAUUGUCCAACUUUACCCGGUUUAACACCUAAUGGGAGACGUAUUACAUUUAUACGUGGCAUUGACUGUGAUUUCCAACCCAGCCAAAUUAAUGACGCAAUGAAAGUGGCAUUAAUGAUUGGCGAUGUGCGUCUGGCUGAAGAAAAUGUGGGGAUUGCCGGUGAUAUCUUUAUAUUGGAUGCUGCUGUAGCUACAGCCGUCCAUUUUGCCAAAUUCUCGCCAGUUGUUGUUAAGAAGUUCCUUAUUUGCGUGCAGGAAGCGUAUCCGGUUAAAGUGAAGGAGGUUCAUGUUAUUAAUAUUUCACCGCUGGUCGAUACCAUUUUUAAAUUUGUUAGCCCCUUUGUUAAGGAGAAGAUACGCAAUCGUAUUACAUUUCAUAAUGAUGUGGAAAGUUUGUACAAGUGUGUGCCAAAAGAUCUACUGCCAAAUGAAUAUGGUGGUAAAGCGGGUCCGAUUGUUGAAUUGACUCAACAAUGGAAGAAAAAAUUAGCCGACUAUACUCCAUGGUUUAAAGAGCAGGAAGAAAAAAAAGCAAAUGAAGCCUUGCGUCCGGGUUCGCCUAAAACAAGUGACGAUCUCUUCGGCAUGGAAGGUACUUUCCGGCAAUUAAACAUCGAUUAAAUAUCAUUAACGGAAUUGCACGAGAAAAGCAGAGGCCGGUAUUAUUAUUCUUUGGUUUGUCUUUUUGGUGUUAAAGCAAGAGAUUUUCUGUUUUUUUUUAUUUUCCUACAGUUUGUUAUUAACUUUUCCAGUUAUUUUUUUUUUUUUGGAUAAUUCUUUUUCUAUUAUGAAAACAUAUAUUUGUUUUAACUAUGCCUCGUAAAUAAAUGCAUAAAUUUACCAAAUCAUUAAAAGCAGACAAAAAAAAAAAAAAAAAACAAAAGAAAUCUUACUUCGGUUAAAUCAAAGCUUGCCUAUAAUAUUUGAUAAUAAAUUUCGUAGAUGAUGCA